AUGAUUCAUCAUCAACAAUUACAAUUUAAUCACCUCCAGAAUUAUCAACAACAACAACAACAACAACAUAAUUAUCAAUAUCAAUACCAUCAUCAUAAUUAUCACCAACCCAAAAGACAAAGACAACGUCAAAAUCAAAAUCAUUUCCCAUAUCACCUUCCUCAUCAACCUCAUCCAAAUAAUAAUAAUGGUUUUGAAUAUCAAUUUGGCCCUCAAUCAUCACCAUCGAUAUCACUGUCUUCUAUGCAAAAUAUAAAUACCGAAUACAUCAGUAAUAGUGGUACGACCAACGCAAAUAUUAUUUUACCUCCAUUGUCAACUCCAAUUCCUUCUCAUUCAAUUAUAAUACCAUCUGCUUUAAUGCCUGUAAGUAAUCCUCGAUGUUCUCCAAUUCAAACCAAUAUUCCAAAUGAAUCCGAUGAAGAAAAACGUCAACGUAACACGCUGGCAUCUGCUAGGUUUCGUAUAAGGCGAAAAAUGAAAGAGCAGGAAUUGGAAAGAGUUGCAAAAGAAAUGACAGAGAAGGCAAGAUCGCUCGAGUGUAAAGUAAAAGAACUUGAAAAAGAAGUUAAAUUACUAAAAGGUCUAAUUGUUGAAAUAGAUUCUACUAGACUUGUAAAAACUAGAAAUAGCAAUAAUAAAGAAUUACUAAAGAAAGUUGAUGAUAAAGAUGGCCAGAAUGAGAACGGCAAUUAUACGAUUCGUGAUCAUGAACGUAAUAGCAAUUAUCAUGAUAAUAGUGCUGGUGUUGGUUCUAGUUCUGGAACUAAUCUCGGUUUUAGUAUUAAUGAUACUGAUGUUGGUGAUGGUAGAAGUAAUCAAUAA